UGAGGGAAUUAGUGUCUUGUUUUGUUAGGGUACAGGUAGAGAGAGUCCUUUAAUAAUUAGAGAUCAAUUGAUCUGAGUGUUUUAGGUGCUCUGGGCCACAUUUGACAUUAUCUGGCUGUCAUUUCUAUGUUGCACAAGCCCCUGGGGCUAAGGCAGGCACAUUGCAAAAAUCAGAAGGGGAAAUUCAAACUUUAGACAACGAAGUUUGAAAGUGAGGCUCUUAACCAGGAAAGUCCUAUUACUAAGCAACUGCAUCUCUGCCAGUGAGAUCAUAUGUACAAAAACCAGUCGAACCAUGUCUUUAAGGUAUUGCCUUGUGGGGUGUAUAGAAAAGGAAGGCACAUAUUUGUACAUUUUUUGGUGCAGAGGUGCCAGUUAGACCCUGCAGUGGCCAGUGUGAAUAGACCUCCAGAGAGCAGAAGAAUUUUAUUUUUCUUAUUUUCUAGUGGUGAGUUUGCAGGAAACUUUUUUUUGUCUUUCCAGUUCACAUAUGCUCAAGACCUUUAACUUUCAAAAGUUCUAACAUGUAACUUCCUUUAUUUAUAGGAAAACGAAUUGCUACCAAGUGUACCAUGGCAUGGUGAAAGGGCUGGUGUGAUGAAGGUGGCAGCUCAGUGAAAGGCGCCCUGAGCUUUGACCCCACACCCGAUGCCCAAGUUCUGUAUAAAGCCAUGAAAGGACUCGGGACAGACGAACAGGCUAUAAUCGACAUCCUCACCAAAAGGAGGAGCGCACAGCGUCAACAGAUUGCCAGAUCGUUCAAGGAACAGUUCGGACAGGAUCUUAUUGCCAGCUUGAAGUCUGAACUGAGUGGCAAGUUUGAGAGGCUCAUCAUAGCCCUUAUGAACCCAUCAUUCAAAUACGAUGCCAAGGAAUUACAUGAUGCCCUGAAGGGUCUAGGAACAAGCGAAGAUGUCAUUAUAGAGAUCCUGGCAUCACGGACAAAAGUGCAAAUUAAAGAAACAAUCAAAGCUUACAAAGAAGAAUAUGGUUCUAACCUGGAAGAGGACAUCAAAUCGGACACAAGUGGCUACUUCGAGCAGAUAUUGGUUUGCCUCCUUCAGGGCGAGAGGGAUGAUCCAAAAUGCUAUAUGGAUUCAGCGACGGUGCUUCAGGACGUACAGGCUCUUUACGCUGCUGGGGAGAAGAUACGGGGCACCGAUGAGAUCCAGUUCAUCACCAUCCUGUGCACCAGGAGCGCCACCCACUUGCUGAGAGUCUUUGAUGAAUACCAGAAGCUCGCUAGUAAAAGUCUAGAAGACAGCAUCCAGGGUGAAACCCACGGUUCACUAGAAGAUGCCAUGCUGGCUAUUGUGAAAUGCACGAAGAACAUCCACAGUUACUUCGCAGAGCGGCUGUACCAUGCCUUGAAGGGGGCAGGCACUUGUGAUGGGACCCUCAUAAGGAUCAUUGUUUCCAGGAGUGAAAUUGACUUAAAUCUCAUCAAGGCUGAGUUCCUAAAGAUUGCAGGCAAAUCCCUCUCCACCAUGAUUCUGUCCCUCUGUCAAGCUGAACGCCACCAGCAGGCCUAG